UCGUGGACUCGCUUGCAUUUAUUUGGUUCAACUUUAGCGCGCUUUCUCCACCUCCAACGCCAACACUUUUCAUCUCGCGCCCUACUCUGCUCUCUUUCUCCGGCGGAAUCAACAUUUCGUCGAAGCUGGAAACAACAACAAGUGAUUAUACAUUUGCUGAGGGUUAUACACUUCAAGUGACUGUUGCUGUCAGUAUCUCCUCUUUUACUCUUGAUAUUUCUUAUUUUUUUAUUUCUUUAAUUUUUUGAUUGUAAAACUAAAUUAUACGUAUGUGUUUUGUAAGCAUUCCGUUAAAUUGCGUUAGUUAUAGUGAUUGCUUUGAAUUGGACCGAAGGAUCUCGCAUUUCCAUCGCCCUAUAAUUUUCUAUGCUCUUUUGUUGCCUCUUGUCGAUGAAGUGCGAGGAAAAAUACUAGGUGAUUUAUUCCCAUUUGCUUAAGACUUGGUGGGAAGAGUUACCUAGUGCUGGUAGGAGGUAUCAGGUGCAGUUGAGGUGUCCGCAAAUUGGCUCUGAUUCAUUAAAAAAAGGUCAAUCAUUUUAAGUUCACUAGAGCAACAGUUUUGCUGCAAUGUUUUUACCUUUGAAUAAAAUAAAAUUCUAAAAAAAUAAGAUUGAUGUUUUUCCUUUGAGUUAGAUUUAUGAUUUGGCACUUUAGAGUAUCAAUUUUCAUUAGUGCAAAGGUUCUUUGUGAAUCUGUACUGGCAGUUGAAGUAGGUGACUGCAACUUUAGUUCAGAAUAGCUUAUAUUCGUACUCAAUGAUUGCAAAUCCUGCGUGAUUGGUUUUGAAUGGGUUAAAGAAAGUAGAUGAAUGGAUUGCCCCUAAACGGAAGAGGUUGAGUUCAGAAGAAGUUGGUUUUUGAACUUAGUGAUUACAAAUCAUACAAGAUUGUUCUAAAUGGGUUAAAGAAAGAGGGUAUGUUCAUAUUCCUCUUAUCUCUUAGUACCCUCUUCUAUAUCAAUUAAACCAAGUUAUAAUAGAGAAGAUGUCAACUGAGUGCUUCUUGAAAUAUCUCGUGGCGUCAAGUAAGCAGCAUUUGAUGUGCAGCAAGUAUACUUUUAGCCUGCUAGCAAUUCUGUAAUUUUGAGUUCGAUACUUGCAGAUAAUGAGAAAUGCAUUUUGUUGCUGAAAAGCUACUUCAGUGUGCUACUGAUUUUGUACUUUAAGUACUACAGUUGCAGGUUUAUAUUAACUCCAGAACAAAGUACUACACUUACAGGUUUAUAUUAACUCCAGAACACAAGAGUGAGUUGCUGCAUUAUUUGCUGUUUCAAACAGUAUUUAAAUUGCUAGAGCCCAACGUUAAUCUGAUCCUGGGGCAUAAAGAUGAAUUCCAGUGAGAAUAUGGAGUCCAAUGUUUAUUUUCACAUAAAAGAUGAGGCAGAAAGGUUGCUUAAAGAGAUUGAACUGAUGAUGAAGAAUGUUGAGAACUCUGAAAUGUAUGCUGGAAUGCGCUUCGAUCUCGAACAGAGUAAAACUUUUCAAAAACAUCUGUUUCGCCUUUUAGGCUCCCAUUCACAUGUCCAGGUGGUAAUCUAUGCUUUGGGAAGCAUGGAAUACAGUUUUCAUUCACAGUUUCAGCUUGCCGUAGUUCUCCUACUAAAACGAGAUUUUUCCCAAUUGGAUUGGCAAUAUAGAAGUAUAUGAUCCUUUAUUGUCUCCAGCUGAUAUGAUAGUUUUAAAGAAACUGGGAUUUGAGGUUUUGACCAUUGAUGAAAAUUGUAGGAGGCAAGUUCGGAGACCAACAAUGUUCUACAUGCCUGUUCCUAAUUAUAAUCUUAUUGGCAACUUUCUGGGAGCAAACUGGUCUUUGUCUUGUAUCAACCAGAUAUUUCUACUGACAAACUCAUUUCACCAUUCAUUGACCAGUAUUUCACAAUGUAGUUUGUACGGAGAAACAGUGGAACGUCUAGAGAGAAUUCUCCCCUUCACAACAGAGAUUGACAUAAAAACUAGAUACAAGCAGAUCUAUACUAAUGUCUUCUCAAGAUUUGCUUGGCAUUUCUUUGACGUGGAUCCUAACAUUGACAUGGAAACUUCACUGCCUGUGACUAAGAUUACAGAAUAUAUAAAGGAUGGGGGACAGCGACCUUGGUUGGAUUGGCAAAGGUAUUUUGAACAAGCAUUUUUGGAAUAUAUGCAAAGUGAUAUGACCAGUGAGGGAUUUGCGCAAAUUCUUGGUGAAUAUCGUGGGCCUCGUUGUUUAAGAUGCUACUCGGUUCCUCCUCCUCUAGGUUGGAUUAAGCUAAACAUCUAUGGGAUCGGUACAGAAGGUGAUCAGCAAGGACGAUAUAGUGGCGUCUUUCAAGAUGAAACUGGAAUGUGUUUAGGUAGGUAGAGUGGUACCAUUCAUGUUGACGACAAUGUGAUUGCUGGACUGGAGGCCUUGAGGCAUAGGUUGAUCAGAAGGAAAGCCGAACGCACAAAAGUUGAUUGUGGAGUCAGAUAAUGUUAUACUUGUCCAAUAUGUCAAUGGUCACCCUGAGCCAAAUGAAAUAACCAUGAAUAGGUUGAAAGAAAUUUUUGACAUGCUGGAGCGUAUAACUUGUGCAAUUUACCAUGUGUAUGAAGAAGCCAAUAAAGUUGCUAGAGACUUGGCUAUGAGAGAUGAAUGUCACAAUCGUGGAUAGGUAGCUUUGUUUUCGGCUCAAGGGAUAGGGUGAAGCUUUCCAGGUUCAAUUAGGUUUCAAAUGUAAUUUGCAUUUUAUGGCAAGUGAUGUUGCAGCAGACUGAUGCAAACACGCUUCCUGACAGUACACAUCACAGAGCAGACACUUCUGUGUCUGUCUGACUUCUCAUACAAGGUUUUUGUUUGUUUGUCAAGUGAUGACGAAUGCAGCAUUUGAAAAAGCAAAAAAGAAAGAGAGGAAAACAAAUGCAUUCCGGAGACAAAGGCAAGCCUUAUAUGUAAUCUAAUUUGUGCAAAGCGAAGCAAUUUUCUUGAUCUA